CCAAAGAAGUCACCUGGUGGUGACCGAAAGGGAAUAUACUCCUACCUUUGAUCCUCUUCAUCUUCUUCUUCAUCUCUUCCUUAAUCUCGAAGGAAAGUCCAUUUCCACUGUUCUCUGAAGAAGGAGAAAUGGGAGUGCUUUCCAACAAGAUCGAUCGGGAACAACUCAACCCUGGUGAUCACAUUUACUCUUGGAGACAGGCUUACAUCUACGCACAUCACGGAAUAUAUGUCGGUGAUGGCAUGGUGAUCCACUUUACCAGGGGAGCAGGGCAAGAAAUUGGAACAGGAACUGUAUUGGACCGUCUCCUUGUCAGUUCAUCUCCCUCCUAUGAUGCUGACAACCCAUGCCCAAAAUGCGGUGACCAAUCUAAGAGUGAUGGGGUGAUCUCUUCCUGUUUGGAUUGUUUUCUUGCUGGGGGUAAUCUAUACCUCUUUGAGUAUGGUGUCUCUCCAGCUCUUUUUCUGGCCAAAACUCGAGGCGGUACCUGCACCCUCAAGGCUGCUGAUCCCUCCGAAGAUGUCCUUCACCGCGCUUCGUUUCUUCUUGAAAAUGGAUUUGGUGGCUACAACAUUUUCAGGAAUAACUGUGAAGACUUUGCAAUUUACUGCAAGACAGGUCUGCUUGUAUUCACUAGCAUUAGUGUCGGCCGGAGUGGGCAAGCUGCAUCUUACUUGGCUGCUGCUAGUACUGUUGUUUCUACACCACUUCGUUUCAUGACCAACAGUUUUGGUGGUUUGGCAUUGGUGGGCUAUGGCCUGUACUGUGUUGGCAGAUUGAUGUCUGAUAUUGGAAUGCGCCGCGAUGUGUCUAAAGUUCCAGUUGAAAGGCUUAUAGCUUCACCUGGCUUAGAUGAACCUGAGAAGACAGCUGAGAUGGCCAAGGAAGAUUGAAGUUGGUUGGACAAACAGCCAUGUAGAACUGUUAAGCUUGUAAGAGUGAUGUUAAUGCCUUGUUUAUUGUAUGCAUACGGUUUCAUUCAGCUUCCUCCAAUAUCUACUAUUUACUUAUUUGCUGUUUAUUUAUGUGGUAUUUCUGUCUUUGAAUGUAACAUUGCUCUCAACAAUUAAAUUAUAUUGUAUGAAAUGUGUUUCUUUGUUA